CACGUUCUGAAGAGCGAUACUCACAUUUGGAAGCCCGCGUCACAACGGAUAGGCCGAUUGCCUUACCUCCGAGAUGUUGGGAUUCACCAGAAGUUACCUCGUGAGCCUGUUCCUUUACAUCUCCAUCGUCAACGAGAUUCGCCAGCCUGCGGUGACAUGCCAGGACGAAGAAGGCAGCCAAUGCAUACCAAAGAAGAUCUUCCUGGCGUUGCUGCGUUUACCGGAAGUCAGCUCAAAUUUAGCGGCUUACUCGAGGACGGCAAGGAUUAUUCAGGAAACGAAGAACCAUAACGAUAUGGCCCAUUUGAAGGCUCUCAGUUCCGAGGAGAACGACGACGCUGAGAUCUGUAUACCCAGCAGUAUCUAUCUGGAGCUCUUCAGGGAUCCGGCGUUACGUGGGCAUCUCAGCGUUAUGGCGCGUACUCACAAAUUACCUGAAUUUCCCGGACGUCUUCUGGACGAGGAGAUCGAUUCGCGGGAUUUGAUUCCUGAAUCGGAAAAACGCAGCCUCGCUACUUUAGCCAAGAACGAUGAUCUGCCGGUCAUCGUAGGAGAUGAAGAUCGUGAGACUAAUGAGGAUGGAGAUGGCAAAGCGGCAGCUGCGUCGAUGGAGACGAGAAUGUCGCACCUUCCUUGGUACGAUGCGGAGGAGAUGGCGCGCUUAUUAUUGAACGACGAAGCUCGUCGACGAGCGUCGAAACUCUACGACUACCUGAUUGACCUGGACCCAGAAGUGACCGAGUAUCCGUUAGAUAAACGUAAUGUCGGCUCCUUGGCGCGUGAUUUCGCAUUGCCCAAGGGCAGACGUCACAUCGGCUCGGUGGUACGCGAUUACGGUUUGCCGAGCGGCAAGAGAAACGUCGGCUCCUUGGCCAGGCAGAGCAUGCUGCCUCUAGGCGGCAAGAGAAACAUCGCUUCUUUGGCAAGAGACUCCAUGCUGCCGCAGACCGGCAAGAGAAACGUCGCCGCGCUGGCUAGGGACUCCGCUCUGCCAUACGGCAAGCGAUAUAUCGGUUCACUGCUACGAAACGGCGGCUAUCCGGUCCGCGAGUACGACGAGGACAAGCGUAACGUUGCCUCACUGGCCAGGAACGCCGACUGGCCCGGUUUCGUGAAGCGAGGCGGUACCGCGCCGGGUAGAAUGAUCGCCCGGGUGCUCAAUCGCCACGGGAGAUCCCUGAGCGACGAUCACGAGACGCACAGCGAUCCCUUGGACCUCCAGCAGCUCAUCAGACAAGGCCCCGACAAUGGAAACGACGUUAAGGCAAACGUUGCCGGCAACACACCCUUCAUCGUCUCGGAAGAGCUCGACGACAGCAGGGCGAAGAACAGGUCGAACAGGAGGAUCGACGCCGCGACUUCACAGACGAGGCACAAACGGCAGAUCGACUUUUCCGACGAGUAUCCGCUGCCUGUCGUGCAGAACACCAACAUGCUCGACUACGAGGACAUGCUCGAGGCGCUCGCCGAUCGCUAUCCGAACGCGGAGAAGAGGUUCAUGGGUUCCGCGCCGGAAGUGCCGGGCGACUCAAGCUACCCUGAAGUAUUGCAACCGAGUAAGAGACAUAUCGGGGCCCUCGCACGCCUCGGCUGGCUCCCGUCGUUCCGUGCACCACGAUUCUCUCGGUCACCGCGAUAUCUGGUCGAAAGGGAGAAUCCCGCAGAUGGGUCCUCGUCCAACUACACCCCCAACGCGUCGUCUCGGUCGCUAAGGCGGAUCUUCACCCCGGACGUCCACUACCUGCAGUCCCUGCACGGAGAUUGUCGACAUGGCUUCAAGAGGUUCCUGUUACCGGACAUCGAUAACUUCUUGCGGACGUCGAGCACCCGCGUCGCGUCCCGUUCCAUGUAAAAGCCCUCGUCCUUCGAUGCUCGUCCAAGACGGCGACGCCGUACAAAUUACAUUACAUCGGACUCACGCGUUUUAUUAAGCGAACAGUUGAGGAAGUUGGGAUAAAAAAAAAACGAAUGUAAAUAUUAUUCGGAUCUUGGAGUAUGACGUUCUUCCUUACUGGCCACUGAUCAUUCUUUGUCAACGGUAGAUAUGUUCUACAAGUAUACAUUUCGAUCAUCAAUAAUCUCUCGAUCUAUCAACGAAUAAUAAUAACAACAUCAAAUAUUAAAAGAUUGAUUUAUAGCAAUAUUAAAAAAAAAAACUAAAAAAAAAUUAAUUCAAAAUUAGAAACGAUAACGGAAGUGAGGAAGUCCGUCACGCAAUUUAAUCAGCGGCUAGUCUACAGACUCAUUGAUAGGGAUCGAUCUUGUCGCAAGAUCCGUCGAUGGACAAUAAGUUUACUGCUCGCCGACAAUAAUAGUCUCACAUAAAUCCAAUGUGACGCCUUUUAAAUGUGCCGUUUCUGUCGGACAGAUUUUAAAACCGAGUUAUGCGAAAAGCGUAUACACAUUUGAAAAGGAAAGAUUUUAAUUCGCAGAUAGAUUUUUCUCACGAGAAAAUUAAAAAAAAAUUUCUUCCUCCGCAGUUAGAAGUGUCUCAAUGUUACGCAAAGGACUCUGUCGUUGAUAGUCUCUAAAUUUACGAAUUUUUGUAAGUCACGUUUCUCUUGACAUUUGUAUCUCGAUACUCCUCUUAAUGUCGAUGUAUAACAAACGUAUCUGCCGCGUGACUUUUGUAAUUUGCAUCUUCCGAAGCAAGACAAGAAAUAUCCUUGAUCGAUAGUACAAUAACGAUCGAUCGACUCACGGUUUGCGAUUUGGCAUUGGUCUCCGAUAAUUAACGCCACUCAAUAUCGAUAUCAUUGAUAAAUCACUUUCCAACGGUUUAUCGAGCAAUACUCGCAAUUCUUUUCUUUUUUUUUUCAUUGCGCGUCGUUUGUAACGACACGAACGAACGGAGAGGGUAGGAGAGGCUAAUUUGGCCGUGAAUUUAACGAUAAAUCAUCGCAAGUUCGAAAUCUUUUAUUCCGCGGCCGGUUUCUCAUUUAAACGAGCGCAGUCGCAAGGAAGACCGUAUGCUGCUUUGAUGAUUAUUAGGACUUCACUGAUAAAUCAUUGCGAGAUCGAAAUAUUUUACGCGCUGACGCGUUCUCGGCGGCCGUGGGGAACCGCAAGGUCGCAAAAUGAGAAAUAAAAAUUUUACGCUCGUCAAUUCGGCGACUAUUACUUGGCGAAAGCGUAAAUCGGCAAAGUGUUUAAAAAAUGAUUCAUUAUUCGCGGAAAGAGUAGCUUGCAAUUGUGAAACGCGAUACGAUAUCGACGAUCAUUAACUAAUCAAGAAAGGUUUUUUGUUAUUCUUCAAAUAUUUCCCACUAUAUAUGUUGCGAUUAGUAAAUUUUCCCCUCGCGUGUGACUUUUAGAUACUUGUGGUGUUAGGAAUGCAACGAAUAUAUAUUUGUUACAUUUGUUAGCUGCUUAAAAAGAUGUCUUUGCUUGAGAAACAUAUGAUUAUCGCUUCUCAUUGAUACAAUGAACUUACAAUUCUUUUACAAUUUUACAAUACAAUUUUUUGGUUUACUUGGAAAAGGAUUUACGUGAAAUAUGAAGUGUAUUAAUUACACAUGUUUCUCCUUUACCUUUUGUUUUGUUGUUUUUUUUUUACAGAAUUGGACCGUAAAACCAUAUAUGUUUGACUUAAAAAUUUUCAUCUUUACAAACGGCAUUAUUAUGUGAUUUUCCUUUUUAUGAUUUCGAUUAAGAAUGUUGCAGUCGCAGAAGCUUUCAAAGAUUUUUAAACGAGAAACAAGGAAAGUAGGCAUUUUUCAUAACAAACUUUAAUAUAGAGGUACCAUUUUACGGCGCCACCCUUGUCUCUCGUCUACGAAUGUUGUCAUUUUUGUCAUUUUAUCGAAAUCCUAUGGUUACAACCGUGAGAAUCUCGAUCGUUCGCACAUACGCACGCGUAAGAUCGACGAAGCCAGAAAAUAAUCUCCGUAUGCGUAGUAAACCAUGUACUGUAUAAAUGCCAGAUUAGUGCUCAGAGAGCUUACGAGCUCGAUGGCGAUAACGCGAAUUCGGUUUCAUCCUAGUCUCUCCAUUGUAUCUCAUCUAUAUUGUUAGAGAUAUCGUUGUGUAACAUGUAUGUGGUAUUACACGUAUACAAUCGAAAUACGCUCGAUGUCGCGGCAUAUCAUCGGUCUAUCAUUGCUGUGGAUGACGUAUAAGUCUCUGUCGAUUUCUCUUUAACUUUACGAUUUAAAAUACUAUGUGUUUGUUUAGACAAUAAUGGAUAACCGAAGUGACAAUAAAACGAUAAUAAUAUUGAAGUAAUAAA